AUGAAAAGCGGCAUGGGCGAGUUGGUCUUGGAAAAUGCCCGCAUCGCACGCGAAAUGCGAGGUGUGGCUCUGCUUGGCGUGCCGCAAACGACAGACCCAGGCUGGGUCAUGCGAAAGCACGCGAUUCUUCGUGCGGAAUAUCCGCAAGGUGCGCCGCCACCGGCCGCCACAACGGCGGAAGUGGUGGAGGGAGGAAAUGGAGGCGCACUGAUGGUUCUUCCAUCAAAGAAGCUGCCUGGCAAAGUUGGAGGAAUAAAUGACCAGAAGCGUUUGCGGGGAGAAGAUGCGAUUAUCUCCGUCGAUCCGAAGGUGUUGAAGAGCCGCAUAACGGCGGUUUCCACUACAGUAGAGGGGAGCGUGCAUGAUGAAACGCAUGUGCCACCUCCAACGUGGAAAAUGUCCAAAGUGUUGGUUGGACACCGAGGCUGGGUUUGGUGCGCCGCAGUGGACCCAAGUAACUCAUGGUUUGUGACAGGCGGUGGUGAUGGUGUGGUGAAGGUCUGGGAUCUGACGACGGGGGCGCUUAAACUGAAUUUGACGGGACACAAGGAGGCCGUGCGAGCCGUCUCGCUGAGUACUUUGUCACCCUACAUGUUCAGCGGGAGUGACGAUCACUCAGUUAAAUGUUGGGACCUUGAAAGAAAUGAGAUUAUAAGGGACUUUCAUGGACAUAAGGGCUCCGUUCACUGCGUCAGUGCCCAUCCAUCGCUGGAUAUUGUUUUGGGUGCUGGAAGAGAUAAAACAGUGCGGGUGUGGGAUAUACGCACACGUUCCUGUGUGCAUCUUCUUGUGGGGCAUACCGACAGUGUCAUGUCUCUAGUAGUACAGCAGGCCAAUCCACAAGUUAUUUCUGGAGGGAGCGAUGGCAUGAUCUACUUGUGGGACAUUGCAUCCGGGCGUGCCUUUACCCGUCUGACACGACAUAAGAAACCCGUGCGAGGACUCGCUGUCAACCGCCAAGGAACACUAGCAUCAUGUGGGGCCGACAACAUCCGCGUCUGGUCUCUUCCGAAGGGAGAAUUUCUUUUCAACGCAUCCACCACAGCCACUGGUAAUAGUAAGGGAGAUGAGGAAGAUAUUUGUUAUCGCUGGAGCUGCUGUGCCUUUAGCCCUCGCAACGUGCUUGCGGUGGGGAGCCAGGAAGGAAGGCUGGCACUCUACGACUGGGAGCAUCCGCGUCGUCCGCCGUAUCAGCUUACGCGGACAAAAUCUAUUCCAGGCACACUUCCCGGCGAAGGUGGUAUUAACAGUGUCGUCUUUGAUGCCUCAGGAUCGCGCAUGAUUACUGCAGAGAGUGACAAGAGCGUGAAGGUCUGGCGAGCCAAAGAGUGA